UAUUACACAUGUAAAUCUAACAUUAUGUUGAGAAAUCGUUCACAUAUUUUAUUUUUUAUCAAUAUUUCUAUUAUUGCAAUUUAUUACAAUUUGUUUGAUAACGUAUGAUAAAGUUACGCGAGUGUGGAAUUAAGUAUCGGGUCAUUUAUGAAUCUCACUAUUAUUAGCGUAAUGAGACAAGUCACGUUUUCGCAUUAGAUAAGCGCGAUGCGCUUAUAAAUUUAGGCGUGCGGCUUGUAUGUGAUGGCAUUAAUAUUCGUGAAAGUCAAGGAAGCAACAUGUCCAGAAUCAUUGUUGCAUUUUCGCUAUUAUGCGUUCUGUGCUGCAUAUCGUCCACCCUUGCCUUCAUCUUCGAGGAUUGCGGUUCGGAGGUGGGCAAGUUUAACGAGGUAUCGAUUUCGAGCUGUGACUUAUCGCAGGAGAAAUGUUCAUUGAUCCGUGGCACUGAGAUACGCGUGUCUCUCAAAUUUACCCCAAGUAAGGAUGUUGCAAAAAUUGAAGCACGUGCAUUUGGUGUAUUACUUGAUGUACCUGUACCUUUCCCGCUGGAAAAACCUGAGCUGUGCAAGGAUCCUGAUUCCAACCUUAAAUGUCCCUUGAAAAAGGAUCAGGAAGUUGAAUACAAAGCUUCGUUCUCUGUGGACAAAAAAGUCCCCGCGUUAAGUGUUGACGUUAUGUGGGAAUUUAGAAACCAGGAUGAUGAGAAGAUACUGUGCGUAAAAUUCCCGGCGAAAGUUACAUAAAAGAUAACUGUCAUCUGUUUUACGGCAAUUAUGACGAAUGAUUGUAACGAAGUGGGUAAAUUACCAAAUUUUAAACAGUAGAUCUUGCCACAUUUUCAACGCAUGUCGACCCAGUAUCACCGAUUAAAACUAUGGAAAAAAUAAAUAAUAAAAAAAAAAGAUUUUGAUGAUAUAAUUUUCUUUACGUUCUAAACGUUCUAAUAGCAAAGCUUAAUAAUUUGAUAGGUAGCGUAACUCUUAUAUGCACGUUUAUGUAAAUU